CGGGAGGGGCGGGGCUCGGCGGCAGGGCCAAGAUGGCGGUGCAGGAGUCGCCCGCUCAGCUCUCCAUGACGCUCAAGGUGCAGGAGUACCCCACGCUCAAGGUGCCCUACGAGACACUGAACAAGCGAUUCCGUGCAGCCCAGAAGAACAUUGACCGAGAGACCAGCCACGUGACGAUGGUGGUGGCCGAGCUUGAGAAGACGCUGAGCAGCUGCCCGGCUGUGGACUCCGUGGUUAGUCUCCUUGACGGAGUAGUUGAAAAGCUCAGCGUUUUGAAACGAAAGGCAGUGGAGUCGAUCCAGGCUGAAGAUGAGAGUGCAAAGUUAUGCAAGCGCAGGAUUGAGCAUCUUAAAGAGCAUAGCAGCGAUCAGCCAGCCGCUGCAAAUAUGUGGAAGAAGAAGCGCAUGGAUCGCAUGAUGGUGGAACAUCUCUUACGGUGUGGUUACUACAACACCGCUGUAAAACUAGCCAGGCAAAGCGGUAUUGAGGACUUGGUAAAUAUUGAGAUGUUUUUGACUGCCAAAGAAGUAGAAGAAUCCUUGGAAAGACAAGAAACGAUGACUUGCCUGGCCUGGUGUCACGACAACAAGUCUCGGCUCAGGAAGAUGAAGAGUUGUCUGGAGUUCAGCCUAAGGAUUCAGGAGUUCAUUGAACUUAUUCGACAGAACAAGAGGCUGGAUGCUGUGAGGCAUGCCAGGAAACAUUUCAGCCAGGCUGAAGGAAGUCAGCUGGACGAAGUGCGGCAGGUGAUGGGGAUGUUGGCCUUUCCUUCGGACACCCACAUCUCUCCUUACAAGGAUCUUUUGGACCCUGCUCGGUGGAGGAUGCUCAUCCAGCAGUUUAGAUAUGAUAACUACAGGCUGCAUCAGCUGGGGAACAAUUCAGUCUUCACUAUAACACUCCAGGCUGGACUCUCUGCUAUAAAAACACCACAAUGUUAUAAAGAAGAUGGCAGUUCAAAAAACCCUGACUGCCCAGUGUGUAGCAAAUCCCUGAAUAAGCUGGCGCAGCCCCUGCCGAUGGCACACUGUGCCAACUCCCGGCUAGUCUGCAAGAUUUCAGGAGACGUGAUGAAUGAGAACAAUCCUCCCAUGAUGCUUCCAAACGGAUAUGUGUACGGAUACAAUUCUUUGCUUUCUGUUCGUCAAGAUGACAAAGUAAUUUGCCCAAGAACCAAAGAGGUCUUCAACUUCUCACAAGCUGAGAAAGUCUACAUUAUGUAACUCCCCUGUACAAAGUGCCGCUGGAAUUUGACACAGUGUAUUCCGGCAUUUCCUUAAAAAGAGAUCUUGUGUGUGGCAAAGAGACCUGCCAUUUUGUG